CUGUGAAUGAAUGCCUCGAGGGUGAAAAAUCAAAAUCAAUAUCGCCUCCGUCGACGAUCGUCUUCCGCCGCGCCACCCGCCGUCUUCUUCUUCUUCUUCACCCGAGGUCCAAAGCUGAACCACUGAUAGACUGCACCGAACGAAGCAAAAGUAAAUCGGAAAUCGGAGUUGAGGAAACGAAGAAAAAUGGCAGAGAAAUUGGCUCCUGAGAAAAGUCAUAGCUUCAUCCAUAAUGGUCAAAAGGUGUUUGAUUGGGACCAAACACUGGAAGAGGUAAACAUGUACAUAACGCUUCCACCUGAUGUUCCGAAGAAGCUAUUCUACUGCAGGAUUGACUCCAAACACGUUGAAGUUGGGAUUAAAGGCAACCCUCCCUAUCUUAAUCAUGACUUUACCGGCCCAGUGAAGACUGAUUCUUCAUUUUGGACUCUUGAAGAUGAUAUAAUGCACAUAACCUUGCAGAAGAGGGACAAAGGUAAGACAUGGUCUUCACCUAUAACGGGUCAAGGCCAGUUAGAUCCAUACGCCACAGAUCUUGAACAGAAGCGACUCAUGCUUCAACGGUUUCAAGAGGAGAACCCGGGUUUUGACUUCUCGCAGGCUCAGUUCUCUGGAGAUUGCCCUGACCCGAGGACCUUCAUGGGUGGGAUCCGUUCUGAUUGACGGGUCUCUAUUAGUCAACACAACUGUUAUUGCAUCCUCUUUAAUUGUAUGUAAUCUGAACUAGUCUUAACUCUCAGGCUUUGUCACAAUAAUUUGUGUCUAAAUAUAUUAUAUGUUAAGUGAAGUAUUGUCUUGGUAUCUUAAUGCUUCCAGUAGCUAUUAA